CUGGAAUAAGAUGGUGGACCAAGAGGGUCAAAAAUGGAGAGCGAAUUAAACGAGGACAAAUUUUACUACGUCUACAGCUCUGAUCUUGAUACUAACCUUGAAAUCAAAAUAUGUACACUAGAAGGCAAGAGAGACAGAAAAGGAUACAAAGAACUCCUUGAUGACCCACUCCUAAGGUAUUCAGGGUUGUAUAACAGUACUUGUUCUGAUCUGUAUGUCACAUGCAGAGUGUACGCUGAUGGCCAGCCACUCUCUUUACCAACCAGCACUUCAUAUAGACCAUUUAACUUCAGAUGGAACUGGAAUGAGUGGCUUAAAUUACCAAUCAAGUAUCCUGACCUCCCCCGUAAUGCUCAGUUGGCAUUCACUAUCUGGGAUAUCUAUGGUCCAAGGAAAGCAUUACCGGUAGGGGGUACCACAGUUUCUCUGUUUGGGAAGUAUGGGACACUGCGACAUGGCAUGCAUGAUCUUAAGGUGUGGUCAGGUAUUGAGGCCGAUGGACACAUGCCAACAACAACACCUGGAAAAACAACUUCUAGUGAAGACCAGAUGAACAGGCUUGCAAAGUUGAGUAAGAAGCAUCAUAAAGGACAAAUGCAAAAAGUAGACUGGCUGGAUAGACUAACGUUCAGGGAAAUUGAGAUGAUUAAUGAGAAAGAAAAAAGAAAUUCUAAUUUCAUGUACUUGAUGGUCAAGUUCCCAAGAAUCCAUUACGAUGGCAUGGACUAUAAUGUUGUCUACUUUGAGAAGGACGCUGAUAACGUGGAUUAUUUUUGCACUCAACCGGAUGUAGUAAGACUCUCCGAUCCUGAAACACUCUUGGAAAAUUUAGUGGAAAUCAAGCACCACAAGCUUGUUCGUAGCAUACGGAGUGGAACUGUAUCACGUGACCUCAAGCCUAACGCCAAGAUUAGAGACCAACUAACGCAAAUCGUUAGCUAUCCGCCGACUAAAGUCCUGACAUCAGAAGAAAAAGACCUGGUGUGGCAGUUCAGAUUUUAUCUCACCAACCAGAAAAAGGCUUUAACAAAAUUUCUAAAAUGUGUGGACUGGAGCGAACCACAAGAAGCGAAACAGGCUUUGGAGUUACUGGACAAGUGGAACCCAAUGGACGUUGAAGAUGCGUUAGAAUUACUCUCAUCUCAAUUCACUAACAGAGCUGUCAGGCAGUACGCAGUGUCCAGACUAAAGGAAGCUCUUAAUGAGGAUUUAUUGCUAUACCUUUUGCAACUCGUGCAAGCUCUACGGUACGAGAAUAUCAAAGAGCACGAUAUCAACGAUCCUGUUGUGAAUGAAGACUCACUUUUAACUAACCCAUCGGAAAACCAAGAACACGACAAUAAUGAAGGAGCAGAGGACAGUGACGACCAGCAACUCAUCAUGUCUACAGACAACAGCAAGGACUCAUCGAUGAGCGAGGGUCAAGAUUUACCAUCGUUUCUUAUUCACCGGGCAUGCCGUAAUGAUGUCUUGGCAAAUUAUUUCUACUGGUACCUUCUUGUAGAAUGUGGUGAAGACAAAGACAAGAAAGAAUUCGAUAUCUUUCGUACCGUCAUGAGAAGAUUCAGUCAGGCGCUUAUGAAGGGAGGCUGGGAGUUUCAAGUUCGUCGUAACAUGCUGGCUAAACAAAACCAGUUUAUCAAUCAUCUUGGGAGACUCAUGAAGGAAGUGUCUCAGUUCAGCGGAAAUCGAAGUAGAAAGAUUCAUCGCCUUCGCGAGCUUCUUGAUUCGCCUGAACUGAGUAAUUUCAGUCCCAUUCCUCUCCCCGUCGAUCCGGACGUCAAGAUCAAGGGAAUGGUAAUAGGAACUCCCGAAGACAAAAAAGCCUGGUUGUUCAAGAGUCAUUUAAUGCCAGCAAAAUUCACAUUCUUAUCCGUGGAUGAGAGAGAAUAUGUUACCAUGUUCAAGUCUGGAGACGAUUUAAGACAGGAUCAACUUAUUCUACAGAUCAUACGGCUGAUGGAUAAGCUUUUGAUGAAAGAGAAUCUCGACCUAAAGUUGACUCCGUAUAAAGUACUUGCAACAAGUUCUACCCAUGGUAUUGUACAGUUUAUAGAAUCUAACGCAGUAGCUGAAGUCUUGGACAAGGAUGGCAGUAUACAGAAUUACUUCCGCAAGCAUGCACCGUGUGAUAACGCACCUUAUGGCAUCAGUCCUGACGUCAUGGACACCUAUGUUAAAAGCUGYGCGGGUUACUGUGUCAUCACAUACCUACUUGGAAUUGGAGACAGGCAUCUGGAUAACCUACUUUUAACCAAAUCAGGUAAUUUGUUUCAUGUUGAUUUUGGGUACAUUCUUGGCCGAGACCCCAAGCCCUUGCCACCUCCAAUGAAACUAAGCAAGGAAAUGGUUGAGGCGAUGGGUGGAGCAAACAGUGAUUGUUACCAGGCAUUCAGGAAACAAUGUUACACUGCCUUCUUACAUUUGAGAAGACAUGCCAAUUUAAUAUUAAACCUCUUUGCCUUAAUGGUUGAUGCAAACGUCCCCGAUAUAGCCCUGGAACCUGACAAGACAGUCAAAAAAGUCCAGGAUAAAUUCCGUCUAGAUUUGAAUGACGAGGAGGCAGUCCAGUAUCUUCAGGCUUUAAUUGAUGAAAGUGUCAGUGCCAUGUUUGCGGUUGUGGUAGAACAAUUUCACAAAUUUGCACAGUACUGGAGGAAAUAACAGUCAAGAUGAAUAGGAGUAUUUUUAUUGGCUAGUUUUGGUCUCAACUCAUAAGCUUAGGAAAACCAUACUUGAGAGCUAUUAAAAUUACAAACAUUUUAAGGAAGCUGAAAGACAAAAUAUAACAUAGCUAUAACUAUUAUAAUAAAGCAAUAACAUGACACUGCUUUGAAAAAGUGGAACUUCUUGAUAUGAUAUGAGAAGCCACAUGUGACGUAUCUACUAAGAUUUUCAUGUUUAAAAUUAGAAACCAAUGAUCACUUGUCAGCAUUACAAGGUGUGGUCUCUGUUCACAAUCAUGGUCUAAUUUUGGCAUUGGGAGUCAUUUGAUUGGCUUUGUAAAUCGCUGGGGGGUUAAUUCCAUCAAUUUGUCAUUUCUAUUAUUGGUUAAAUUAUAAUGAUUAAGUGGGCUGUAAAAAGAAAAACUUAAAAGAAAAUUCUUUAUUUACAUUUUAUGAAAAUAAAUAUUUUACUUUAAAAAUCA